AUAGAAUGUAUUAUCCUGCUGUCAUAGAUGUACGCCAUUAUUUUCGAACCACCGAGUUUAUCGUUAACGUAUCGGUAAGCGUAUACGUAUUCUUCACGGGCACCGCACCACUUUUUGUCGGAGGUUUCUCUGAUGUUUAUGGAAAUAGACGUCAUCUUUAUUUGAUUGCUUUAUCACUUUUCGUUGUUCCAAGUGUUGUAUGCGCUUUAGUAAAAAAUGUUUGGGUAUUGAUUGCAAUGCGAUCGUUACAAGCUUGUGGUUCAUCUUCAACUCAAUGUCUUGGUGCUGGUGUCAUAAGUGACAUUUACGUUCCAACAGAAAGAGGUCGAGCAUAUGGAAUUAUGUAUCUUGGAUUUUAUAUCGGAGAUUUGGGUGGUCCUAUAAUUGGUGGAUAUCUCACGGAAAGUCUAGGAUUUAAAUGGAUAUUUUGGCUUCUAGCUUCUCUUGGAUGCAUUCUUUUUUUAAUAAUAUUUUUCUUUCUUCCUGAAACAUUUAGACGUAAUAAUAUUUCUUCAUCACUUCAACUUUCUUAUACAUUAAAACAAGCAUUUCAAAAAGUAAACCCAUUAAUUCCAUUAAAACUCCUACGUUUUCCAAAUGUAGCAUUAAAAAUUGUAUAUAUGAGUUCAAUUUGGGCAUUUAUGUAUGUACAGAACGUUAUAAUACCAACAUUUUCUGAUACAUAUAAGUUAUCAUCUUUUACUAUUGGUUUAACUUUUCUUGCUCCAGGUAUAGGAUAUUUAAUUGGUAGUGUUAUAGGUGGUCGAUAUUCUGAUUAUGUUUUGGCUAAAUAUGAAUCAGAUCAUGAUGGUCAAAGUUAUCCGGAAGUUAGAUUAAAAAGUAUUUGGAUUGGUUCCAUAUUAAUACCUAUUUCAUAUUGUGCUUUUGGAUGGUUACUUCAGUUUAAAAUUAAUUUAAUUUUUCCUAUUAUUGCAAUGUUUAUAGGUGGAACUGGUUCAUUAUUUGUUUUUAAUUCAACAAUAACUUAUUUGGUUGAUUCAUAUCCUGAAUUUAGUGCAUCAGCUAUUGCAUUAAGUGAUUUUAUUCCUUGUACAUUGGCUACUGCUUAUAUUAUUAUGACUGUUCCAAUAAGAAAUGCUAUUGGUAUUGGAUGGUUAUUUACUAUAUUAGCUUCUAUUAAUUUAUUAAGUAUUAGUUGUAUUAUUCUUGUAUAUUUCAAAGGAAAAAAUUGGAGAGAAAAACAAAAUACUAAUGGAAAUUUAUAG